AUGGACCCCCGACAACGUGAACAGAAGCGACCGGCGUACGAGGCGCAGGAUUUCGUGGCCGUCAUCCUCGUCGGGAAAGGCGAAAACCUCUUCCCGUUCAAUGAGGGGGCGCGGGGAGCUAGCGUGCUCCCCAAAGCACUCAUGCCAGUCGGUAAUAAGCCCGUGAUCAAUAUCGUGCUCGACUGGGUGUUUGCCGCGGGUUUGACUGACGUCCUGGUCAUCGUGCCGCCCGAAGCAGCCGCCGCCAUCUCCGAGUACUUGACCGAGUACCUCCAGCUCGAGUUUUCCAGUUCGUCGCACAAGCGCGAGCCGCGUAUCACUGUCAAGACGUACGACGAGGGCGAAGGUAACGAUGAAGACUUUGAUGACCGGAGCGGCACCGCGCGUAUUCUGAAGCGUUUCCGCGCCUUGAUCAAGACCGACUUUGUCCUCCUUCCCUGCGACAUCUCCUUCCCCCCCAGCCUGACCCUCUCGUCCAUUCUCGACAGGCACCGCGCGACUCCCGAUGCAGUCCUCACUUCUGUGUUGUACGAGGCACCGGAAUCGGUGCGCGAGAGCGAGGAGAAGAUGAUUGUGGCUAUGGACAAGGGAACGAACGAACUGCUCCAAAUCUCACCUGUUGACGAUCUGGAGAACAACGACCUCGAGAUGCGCAUGGCGCUCAUCUCGGCACACCCCACCCUGUCGCUCUCAACCCGCCUCCUCGACGCACAUGUGUACGUGUUCCGCCGGACGGUGCUUGACCUCCUGUCUACCCGCCGCGAUCGCGACCUCACCUCUGUGCGCGAACAGUUCGUCCCCUGGCUGCUCAAGGGCGCGUGGCAGUCGGGGCUGGCUGAGAAAUGGUCCCCUAUCCUCAAUCCUCCCCGCCGGGAUCCGUUGGCCGCCGCGCUCGCCCGCAGCACGGCCACUACCUUCCGCGAAGGGAUUGCCCUCCAGGCUGCCGCCGUUCCCGAUAGCGAAACCGCGACGCCAGCCGAGAGCGCAGGGGAAGAGCUGCUGGCUUUCAAGAACAAGGUCGGGCGGACGGGCAAGAGCGCGCGCGCACACUCCAAGCCUGCCGGAUGGAGCUGUCGCAUGAUUGUUGUCAAGCCCGACGUUCCCGAGGUCGAGGAGAAGAAGGGCAAGGGCGGCAAGGCGCCCGCAGGACCCGAGCCGGAAUACAUUGUGCGCGCGAACAAUAUCGCCGGGUACUGGGAGAUGAACCGGCACCUCGUCAAGACGCUUGGUGCUGCCAAUGCCGCUGCUGGCGUGCCAAAGGUGGACAAUGAGGAUGCGAUUGCUGCGUCGGCGCAGAUCUCGCCCGAUUCGCUCAUUGGUGAGGGCGUGCGUGUUGGCGAGCGCGCCAGCAUCAAGAAGUGCAUCGUUGGCCGGCACUGCGUUAUUGGCAAGAAUGCCAAGCUUACCGGUUGUGUGCUUUGGGAUUUCUGUGUGGUUGAGGAGGGCGCGCGCGUCGAGAAUGCGGUGCUCGCCAACAAUGUGCGCGUGGGUGAGAAGGCGCAGAUCAAGGACUGCGAGUUUGGUCCGGGAUUCGAGGCCAUGCCGGGUGCAGUCAUCAAGGGUGAGCGCAUGGUUGCGGGCCAGGAGGCUUAG